AUGUCCACCGCUGCUCCCACCGGAAAAGUCCACAAGCGAGCAUACCAGGCCUGUAUUCCGUGUCGAGAGCGAAGGGUGCGUUGCGACCUAGGCUCCGUUGAUCAACCGCACCAAGGCCCCUGUGGGAGAUGUCGGCGGGAACGAAAGCUAUGUCAUUUCUCCGCUACGCGAGGUCGCAAGAAGACCGCUUCUACUCCCACUCCUGCACCCUCUGGGCCCGGUGAUCCCAUUGCCGGCACUUCAGUCGCUACCACCGGUAUCACCACCACUCCCACUACCACUGGCAUCACCCCUACCCGACCAUGGGAGGAGUCGACCAUAGCCGUUGCAGGGACUCCAGCAUCCCUUCCAGGGCUCGUCACCCAGGCCGGCGAAAACUCAGUCAGCCCCAUUGCCAUUCCGCCCGCCAUCAAACGCGAGCAUUCCCUUCAACAUGUCCUCUCCCAGGAUACCCCGCGUCCGUCCACUCGUGGCGAUAAGACAGCCGAGAAGCUGCUCAGGGAUGCUGCAUAUACUUCCCACGAUGCGCUAAAUUUACUCUUUGAAGCUGGUAGACAUAGUGAGCGGGUCUCUAGGCCGGACCGUCACCAGCACCACAACCAUAUCCCGGGAGUCACCUCCCAGAGGCUGGGCCCGACACCUACCAGGGAGCUCAGACCAUCUGCUGCUCCAAGCCUCCAUGAUAACACUCCCGAUUUCCAUCCUUGGUCAAACCUGCGUUUCGUCCGUACCGGACUGAUCACUGCUGAAGAGGCCUUUGAUCUCGUAAACUACUUUCAUACAUACCUUGCUCCGUUCACUCCGAUCGCAUCCUCCUCCUUUCAGGAUCCUUCCAUGCAUGCCGAGCUGCUCGAAGAGGAACCCAUCCUGGCCAUGACAAUUCUCAUGCUUGCCUCACGAUACAUGAAACUAUCAGGACCUGGAUCUAUCUCUAGAUCUUACAUGGUCCAUGAACGCCUCUGGCAGCAUCUCCAGGGGAUGAUCUCCCGCAUGAUCUUUGGCCAAGAGCAGUUCACUGGUGGCACACACAACCACGACGCCCCUCCAGAAGCUUCAAACCUUUCUACGCAUGAGUAUCCUCUGGCUGGCUCAAACUUUGGUAGCCUAAGGACACUCGGCAGCUGCGAAGCCCUACUUUUAUUGUCCGAGUGGCAUCCGCGAUCUUUACAUGUACCCGCUGGAGAUGACGGGGAUAGCAUCGUUGUGAAAGACGAUGUUCGAAGAACAAUCGCGAGCACGGCUGGUAUAGGUGGGAGAAUACGCAUCGAUUGGCUCGAACCUGUCUGGAGAUCGGAUCGGAUGUGUUGGUCUAUGCUAGGGAAUGCCCUCGCUUUGGCUGUUGAGCUCGGUAUUUUUGACGAAUAUGACAACACCACCAUAGGAGCUCGCGAAUCUCGGAGAGAUAUCUGGAGUAACCCAUCAUCCAGCCAGAGAGCAUACCUUGUCCAGCAUUUGCUUUGGGUCUAUCUUACGCAAACUUCCGGUCGCCUUGGAUGGAAAAACUUGACUUCUGUCUCAGUGUCACACCACGAUACCAGUAUAAAACAUGGUGACACGAUUCGCUGUUGGGUGGGCGUUGCUUCACUGAUGAAGAGGGGCAACGAGCUUUUAUUUCCUUCCCGCGAGCGGACUCGCGAAAUCGUCAAGACCGGCGAGUAUCUGGCUGUACUUCGUGUACUCAAUCCGCUCCUACGCGAAUGGCAGAAGGAGUUUGAUCGUGCCAAGUUGUCAAGGCAAAUGAGAUCCAUCUUGACGAUCGAAUUCGGAUAUGUACGGGUAUAUAUCCAUAGCGUUGCACUACAGGCUGUCAUCGAGAACUACUACCACGUCAUGCACGAAGGUGGCUCCAUGCCUGAAGCCAGCUUGCUCGAACCCUUCGAGGGCAACAGAGAAUACUUUAUGGAGGUUAUCGCCUCGGCAAAAUCGAUACUCCAGACGGUUGUCGAGGAUUUGCUUCCAGAUAAUCAUUUAAAGCAUGUUCCAAUUCGAACUUAUUCGAGAAUCCUUGCUGGUGCUAUGUUUUGUUUAAAGGCCACGUCUCUCGGCGCCAAAGACUUUGAGACGUCGGGAUCGUUGAGCCUCGUUGAACGUACAGCGGACGCGCUAUGUACAUGUGUGGUGGAUGAUGUUCACUUGAGCAACAGAUUUGGGGAGUUGCUGCAUGCUCUCGCCGCAAGUUUGCGGAACAGAGUAGUGCAAAUGACGGCAAGUGAACAACCAAGCGGAAGUAUCACUCCCAAUACUCUGGUCUCACAUCGUCAAUAUGCUCAAUCUUUUGAAGGUGAUACAAACAAUCAGAUGAUGGUGUGUGGCCCUGGCUCCUAUCAUGAAUUGUCCAUGGGUCGAAUGGGACUGGAGGACCACUCUAUCGCUGACCCAGAGUAUGACAAUUGGCAGGCUGGCUCUUCAUCUGCUACAGCAGCGGGCACGCCUGCUUAUUAUGCCAUGAACCCGGCAUCGGGGUUGAUUGAUCAAGUUCAGAAUGAUCCAUUGAUCAACUUUGCCGGGUUGGGCCCCAAUCAACUUGGUUGGUCCGGUGGGCAGGACUUUUUCGAUAUGCUCGGUCCCUUGUUGGACGUACAGUACGAGCAGUAUAAAUGA